CAUGGUGGCUGAUUCCCGUCACUGACAACAGCAUGGAGGAAGAAAGACUGAAAGUCGAGCUCCGCCUCUUCCUGACACACCAACACAAGGAAAACUUCCCGAAAUUCCGAAGUCAGACCUUCAAGACUGUGCACUGACUCUACUCGAAGAGGAUCAUCAUGGCACCAAAGAGACGGUCUGCUUCUGCUACCAAAGCGGGCGGCAAGAAGAUCAAGGCAGAACCCGAGCUACCGAAGCCCAAAGAUGCAUUCACCUCGACCAAAGAGGCUCUUCUGGCUGCAGGGCCACAAACCAAAGGAAAGAAGAAGGUGGACGAACACUGCUCACUGUCAAGCAAAGGAGAGGUGUACGAAGACUAUGACUGUAUGCUCAAUCAGACGAAUAUUGGAUACAACAAUAAUAAGUUUUAUGUUAUUCAAGUCAUUAAAGCUGCCAAUAAGUACUAUUCAUGGAACAGAUGGGGCAGAGUGGGUGAGGUGGGUCAAUCCAAACUGAAUACGUUUUCAGACGUUGAGAGUGCCGUGAAGGACUUUGAAAAAAAGUUUAAGGACAAGACCAAGAACAACUGGAGUGAUCGCAUGAAUUUUGUGUCUCACUCUGGGAAGUACACUUUGAUUGAGGUGGAUGGAGAACAGGAUGCAGAGGUCAAGGUGGACAGUGUCGAUGGAACGGCUGUCAAGGUCACUAAAAACGUCCUACCUUGCACCCUGGACAAAGCUACACAGGCGCUCAUCCAGCUCAUUUUCAGCAAUGAUAUGUUCAAGGAGGCAAUGGAAUGUAUGAACUUAGACGUCAAGAAGAUGCCUUUGGGUAAGCUCAGCAAGUUGCAAAUUGCAAAGGGCUUCGAGGUGCUGGAAGAAAUUGAAGCAGCCUUGACUCAAAAGAGCAGGAGGCCACGUCUUGAAGAACUUUCCUCCAAGUUUUUUACAACAAUCCCGCAUAACUUCGGUCGCACCAGACCACCAACCAUUGACAACAACAACAUUGUGGAAAAAAAGAAAGAGAUGCUGAUGGUGCUUGCUGAUAUUGAGCUCGCUCAGACUCUGAAAUCAGAGACAGAGAAGGCACAGAAAGAGAUGAUCGAGACUGUCCCCGACCCGCUUGACCAGGACUACAGUUCUCUCAAGUGCAAACUCUCGCUGUUGGAUAAAAGCACAGAAACGUUCAAGAUAAUCGACACAUACCUAAAGCAAACGCAGGGCUAUCAGAAGCCCAAAAUUGUCAACAUAUGGGAAGUCGACAGAGACACUGAGGGGGCUCGAUUUCAAAAGCAUGACGACCUGGAGAACCGCCGUCUGCUGUGGCAUGGCACUAACAUCGCCGUCGUGGCUGCUAUACUGAAGAGCGGCCUGAGGAUAAUGCCCCAUUCGGGGGGCCGUGUUGGUCGCGGUAUCUAUUUUGCAUCCGAAAACUAUAAGUCUGCAUGUUACGUGCACAUGUCGAAAAAUACCGGCGUGAUGUUUUUGAGUGAAGUGGCCCUCGGCAGAGAACACACCAUCACCACAGACAACUCUUCUUUGAAAAAGGCGCCUGCUGGAUACGAUUCUGUAGUUGCACGAGGUCAAGUGGAACCAGAUCCGUCCAAAGACAUCUUCAUCACCCUGGACGGCAAGGAGGUGGCCGUCCCACAGGGUAAGCCUAUCACGCAGUCUCAGUACUCUGAGAGCCGCUUCAGCAACAGCGAAUAUCUCAUCUACAAAGAGAGUCAGUGUCGCCUGCGCUACCUGCUUGAGCUGAAAAUGUAACAGCAGGGAAAGGCAUUUCUUUAAAAACAGAAGGUGUGCCACGUUAUGUCGGGCAUUGCUUUUUUUUUUUUUGUUUCCUCUCUCACAAUUUUCUUUGUUCGCACCUUCCGUGCUGUUAAUCUACAGUUAAUGAGUGUGAAGGAUUGCACUUUAAUACUCAGACAUGCACUCGCUCCAUUGACGAAUCCUUUGCUUGAUGAAACAUAGAAGUAUGAAUCGUACCUUGUUUUGCCUCUCUGUUAAUGAAUGACGCAGGUGUACCUAAUGUUAUGACCGGUGACUGCAGGUAAUCAUGAUCGACACUUUUAAAUAAUCGAGUGAUAUCCGCUUAUGCUUUCUAAUGCAUUGCUUGAUGUGCAUUCUGCCUGUGAAGCAUUUCUGACUGGCAAUCUUGAAAAUGUACUCAAUUAUUCUAUAGAUUAGAAUAAUUAAAUUCUUCUGUCAUUGUAUAAUUAAGUGUUGACUGGAGGACUCGGUAGAAAGUGCAAUUUUACUCUAAUCAUAAAGCACUGUCAAUAUUUUUGAGCUGCUAAAAAAAUAUAAAUAAAUGCCCAGGAAGUGCUUCUGUUAUGCAAAGCAAUAUCGAAGUUGGAAAUAGAUUCCUUGCCUUGAUACGGUGGAACCUACAAAGUUGAACACACCGCAAACGUGAUUAGAAAUUGGAGUUCAAACCGAAUUUUCUGCUAGAAUUAAGUUCUAUCAUCUUAAUCGUAUAUAUAAAUGUAUUUCACCAAAAACAUGCUAAUGUAAAUAGCAUGUCGCUGGAAGUUUGGCUCAUGACUUGAGAACGACCAGAGAAGCUUGCCAAAAAUUUUUGCUACCCAUUAGAUUCCAUUUUGUGUUGUCUGGCGUCGUCAGUAGUUUUACUUCAAUUGUUUUAAUUUGCUGGUAUGAGAGUGAAGAAUGUCCCAAUGCUAAAUAAAGCGUUAUAGUGUUAAGUUCCUAAUCCUUUGGAAUGGCAGGCAGUUCAAGCCUGGAUGGAAUGAAUUCACUUUCGAUAAUUUCCCGUGGGAAACAAUGUUUUGAUACUGGUUUUGGUCAACCAGUGUCACAGAACGGAUUGUGUUCGACUUUGGAGGUUCCUGUAGCACCGCGUGGUGUUCGUCGAAUGACCAAUUACGCUGUGAUGUGAUUUGCACUAUAUGCUAGAACCAAUAAAUGUAUGUCUCU